AUGCUCAUUCUACUCCUACUUCUAGCACAAGUAUGGGCCUCAAAUCAAUCGGAAGACUUCGAAAAUGCCAAGAUUUACGGAACACCUCGACUUAUCUGCUCGAAGAAAUGGCUAACAUUGGAGUUCGACACCAAUAUCCCAUUUCAAGGACGAAUUUCGGUUAUCAAAAGGCUUCACAGACAACCUUGCGUGCAAGACUACUCAGCGAACAUUCAAAGAAAUGCCAGCUUCAAGGUUGAACUCCAGCACUGCAUGGAACUCAGCUAUAUGAAUAACGGCUCGCGAGUGUACUCGGCCCAAAUCGAAGUCGGCUUUCAUCCGUUGGUGAUCACAAGCAGUGACCGACUGUUCUCAGUUCGAUGCAUCGACAAUAGCCAUGCAGCCGCGCUGCUUACGGGCAAAAAGGAGGACAACCCUUGUGUGCACACGAUCCGUUUGGCAUCGAGAUGGGAAAGCAGCACGAUAUUUCACGUAGGCGACGCUAUUAUACACGAAUGGAAUUGCGACUUCAAUGUGAAAGGAGGACAAAAAUACCAGACUUUUCUCACAAGCUGUAAUGCAUUAUCAAAUGGAGGACAAAUUAUCCACUUAGUCGAUGAGAACGGAUGUAUAGUCGAUUCCGAACUCAUGGGAGAAGUCGUCUACAAUAAUUACAUGCCAAGAAUUUUUGCUAGAGCUCGAGUGUUCAAGCUGAUGAACGACGAAAAGUACCGUAUAGAGUGCCAUGUACAGAUGUGCACUGCAGAAGGACUAUGCAAGGACCGAAUAUUUCCUCCAAAAUGUGCGUUCACUAAAGAGGAAAUACUCAACAGAUAUAUGUCGAAGGCGAAAGCGGAUUCCAUAGAGGACACCAUAAUGGCGGGAACCAUUAACAACCGUUACGAGCGUCAAGUCAGAGUUGUGAGCGAAUGGAUCACGGUGCACAAUAGUGCGUAUACGAACAUUGACCAGCUGAACGAGAGAUACUACUUGUCCACAGUCAUGAAUGAUCAGAUGGAGGAAACUAAUGAGAAUCCACUCAUGCGCCACUUUCUCAUGGGAAUAUCUUACAGGGACCCCAAUCAAAACGACACUGUACGAAACGAAUCAAAAGAUGCAGAAGUUUCAAAAGCGCAAGUGGAGCUGUCAUCUUCGCUCAAUCACAUCGCUGCUCCUAUCACCUCCUUCGAUAUAGACAGUGUAGAAAAGGAGAAGAUUAUUGACGCAUCGGUGCCCGUGAUCGAUGGCGUGCCGGUGAUGGUGGAAACAUCCUCUACGAAGACUACAACAGAAACGAGUUCAAAUGUUAGCAGAGCAAACUUAUAUCUUAUUCGAACUAUCAUUCAUCCAUACCUUUUCGGACGGACACAGUCAAAUAAAGAUAAAGCAAAGCAAGCUGAGACUUCUACGCAAGCGAGCAGCUUAAAUUCCACCUCAGAAACCUCAGAAACAGUUUCCAAGAAUGCAUCCACAGCGAAAAGCACAACCUCGAGGGAGCCAACCAUGACUACUGCACCUUCGACGGAGGAGUUCCCCAAGCAGACAAAAGGAGGUACAUCCACAUCGGUUCCACUAUCGAACAAGAUCACUAUCGAGACUACAACGCAGAAGGUGAUGGAACAUGAGGCACCAGCCACUCUUCAUUUCUACACCACCACUAAAACGACCAUUUUAUCAACAUCUACCAAACUUUUGAUGUCGUCGAAAUUCUCUACGCAACCAGCCCCAAUUUUGGACAUUCCCCAAAAGAUUAAGGUAUCAGAAGAUGGCAUGAUUAUGGAAGAUGUGACGGAUUAUCCAGAACCGAACAUGUCAGUUGUGAACAAAAAUACUCUGCUAAAGGACAAGUUCGAAAACCCUCGCGAUUGGCGUUUGGAUGAUAGAACUAUUAAUGACACCGAUAUGUUCCCCGAAAAACAAGUAGCCUGCUCAAACGCCACUAUCAUUGCCUCACAACGGAAAUGCACUUGGUCUGGAAUAGAACACCUAUUGGUAGUUUGGUCAUUUGCUUCGUUACUAGUCUGGAUGGUUAUGAUAGCUGUAUGCUUCUAUCGGCAGGCCAAUAAACCGGCUUGGGUCGAGUUCAGCGAGAGAACUACAUCUACCGUAUCGCCCUGGAUUCGGAUGUCGAUUAUGCUAAAGUCCAUUCUCUUCCUAUCGGUUUUGGCCGUAGGUGCUGUCUCCACACAAAGGAACGAUAUGAUCCCAAAGGAGUUCCUUGAUGUUCACUUUGUGGAGUCAAAGCAGCAAAAUUUGGAGGACUAUCUUGCGCUGCGAGGAGUGCCAUGGUUUGUUCGCAAAUUAAUCGCUGGAAAAAUGCAAAAAGGACAAUUUCUGAUGAAAGCUGAUGGAGGAGAUGCAUACAUCUACAACACAGCGAAUGCAGCUCGUUCAAUGGAGUACCAUUUCAAACUCGGUGAGGAGUUUACAGAUACCGGAUUUGAUGGAAAGCAACACAAGAUUACAAUAACUAUGGAAGAUGGUAAAUUGAAAGAAAGCCACACUCAACUAGAGCGAGAUACCGGCGGCCCGGACAUCUUUUACUACACACUUCAGGACGGCAAUUUGAUUUCGACUUGCGAGGCAUCCAAGAACGGAAAGACUGCGGUCUGGAGAAGGGAAUUCGUGAAGAAGGAAUGAAGAAUUUCGCUGCGUUCGAUAAGCUUUAUGUCCAUCUUGUUUGGUGAAAUCAUAAAGGAUUCAAGUGCAGACU